AAAGGUCAACUAGACAGUUUAUGUUAUGUAGCCUCUGCUUUAUUUAUAAUUUUUUAGUUAUGUCAAAUGUCAAUAGUAAAUAGUAAUUUGAUAUUCAAUUUAUAUUUUUAAGGAAUACUUAGUGAAGUGGUGUUUCCAGACGUAAUGAUACGUCAAGGCAGUAUAGAUGACAUAAAUGCACAACAAUUUAUAAAAAUAUCAAACUAUGAGGAUACAGUCAGGCAGUUAGACAUUUACUAUGCUAUUGUCAAAAGACAGCUUCUGAGGUUCCAAAGCCCCAUCACUGGUUUGUUUCCUGUACUCUCAUCAGACCUUCAUAUUGGUAGUGUGAGAGAUAGUGUAUACUGUGCCGCUGCUGUUUGGGGUCUCUACCAAGCUUAUAGGCGUAUUGAUGAUGAUAGAGGCAAGUCACAUGAGCUCGGACAAAGCACAGUAAAAUGUAUGCGCGGUAUACUGGAGUGUUGGGUGAAGCAGGCUGCACGGGUGGAGGCGUUCAAAACACGACAAAGCGCUGCGCACGCGCUUCACGUGAAGUUUCACCUCACCACCGGCGAACCUGUGCUGUCGGACGAACAUUACCAUCAUCUACAGAUAGAUGUUAUAUCCUUGUAUUUGAUAUUCCUUGUUCAGAUGAUUACGUCCGGACUACAGAUUAUUUAUACACAGGAUGAAGUAGCAUUUGUUCAAAAUCUGGUGUACUAUGUAGAGCGCGCGUACAGGACACCAGAUUAUGGCAUGUGGGAAAGAGGAUCUAAAUACAAUGACGGAAAACCGGAGAUCCAUGCUUCAUCCAUUGGUAUGGCAAAAGCCGCCCUCGAAGCCAUUAACGGAUGCAAUUUAUUCGGCGAUAAAGGAGCUUCUUGGAGCGUGGUUUACGUCGACAUCGACGCCCACAAUCGCAACAGGAGUAUUUUUGAAACUAUGCUCCCUCGUGAGUCAAGUUCGAAAGGAGUGGAUGCAGCUCUACUGCCAACCAUAUCUUUCCCCGCCUUUGCAACACACGAAGAACACUUAGUGCAGUUAACAAAAUCGAACAUAUUAAGGCGAUUGCAAGGAAAAUACGGUUUCAAGAGGUUCAGUCGUGAUGGUUAUAAAUGCGUGCUUGAAGACCCCAACAGAAGAUAUUAUCACGAGGGAGAGUUGAAACAUUUCGACGGCAUAGAGUCGGAGUGGCCACUGUUUUAUGUUUUGAUGAUCAUUGACGGCGUCUUCCGAACACAACCUGAUCAGGUCGAAGAGUAUCAAAAAUUAUUGAAAGCCAGAAUAUACAUGGAUGAAUAUGGAGAUCCAGUAAUACCUUGGUAUUAUUACGUACCAAAAGAAGGCGUAGAGAACGAAAGAACGGAGCCAAACUCUGUACGCAGAAUACCAGCCAACCAACCGAGCGAUAGCGAAAAUAAAGAUACAGGUGGUUUGUUCCUGUGGGCACAGUCGUUGUUCGUCCUGGCGCAAUUGUUGACCGGGGGCUUGCUUCAUGUCAACGAGUUGGACCCCAUCAGGAGGUAUCUGCCUUCCUAUAACAGGCCUCGACGCGCCGGCAGAUAUUCCGCUUUCCAGGCUAAGCCGGCAUUUGGCAUAGCAACAGACCUGGUGGUACAAGUGGUGUUGAUUGCGGAGUCGAUGCGUCUGCAGGCGAUGAUGGGCACCUACGGUAUACAAACGCAAACACCACAUGAAGUCGAACCUGUUCAGAUAUGCAGUUCAACGCAACUAGUGCACGUGUACCGAGAGCUGGGCGUGUGCCAAAAGCUGAAGCUUACGGGCCGACCAAUCAGACCGGUCGGAUCAUUGGGCACUAGCAAGAUUUACAGAGUAUGCGGAAUGACUGUCCUAUGUUACCCGCUUAUAUUCGAAGUUUCCGAGUUCUAUUUGUACCGCGACAUGGCUCUGCUUAUAGAUGAUAUAAAAACAGAGUUACAAUUUGUUGGGAAGUACUGGCGGUUAUCAGGUCGCCCCACAGUGUGCCUGCUGGUCCGCGAGGAGCACAUGCGGGAUCCGCAUUUUAAACAGAUGCUGGAUCUGUUCGCGAUGUUGAAGAAGGGGCAUUGCGAUGGAGUCAAAGUACGUCUCGGCAGACUACAAAAUUUGAUCUCCAGUUCUUGUAUGGAGCAUUUGGAUUUUAUGAGCCAAGGUGAAUUCCCGUCGGAGAUGUUCACGCAGUUCAAACAACUGGAGCACGAGUACAUCGGCUACCAGUCGCUCACGGACGUACCGCGCACCCUCACGUACCGCGAGGAGACCAUAUCCUACGACUCUUACAAACAUAGAUCUACCCCUGACGUUGUAGCGGCGCUGAGGUCCACGGAUAAUAUAUUUGCGCAGUGCCAGCUCUGGGGCAUACUAUUGGAGAGGGAAGGACCUAUGUAUGAGGUGAGCGGCGCGAGCGCGCUGCAGUCGCUGAAGGCGCUGUACCACACGGCGGGCGUGCUGCGGCACUGGCGCGCCGUGCGCUACUGCUCGUCGCUGCUCAACCACACCGUCGACUCCAUCAGCCCCUUCAUCACCACCGUGCUCGUCAACGGGAAACAGUUGACGGUGGGUGUGAUCGGGCAAAAGGAGACUGUAUUCGACAAGCCCAUGACGCCUGGCGAGAUACAAUCGGUGAUGUACUCCACUAUACAGCCGUACGACAUCAUCGGCGCUGUGCUGCAGCAGGAAAUAGUACUGUACUGUGGCCGCCUAAUCGCGACGAAUCCGGACAUGUUUCGCGGCAUACUAAAGAUCCGUGUUGGCUGGGUGUUGGAGGCCAUACGUAUCUACCUGCAGCUGUUCCCGGAGGAGAAGCGUCCUGACGCAACCAUAGAGUCGUUGUCACCCUACAAACUGCGAACUUUAUUGCAAAAAGUUUUGACUGUGUCUGAUUGGGCUGAAGAAAAGGGAUUGACGCCGUUGCAGCGUCGUGAAAUAGAAGGUUGCCUCUGUCGCGUUCCCAAACAUUUUUAUAUACAAGUUUGGGAUAUUUUAUUGCGCACACCAAAAGGAAUUAUAGUUCAGGGCCACGUGAUCCCCGCGGAGCCGACGCUGGUGAACAUGUCGCGGUCGGAGCUGUCGUUCGCGCUGCUGGUGGAGCGCGCGCUGGUGUGCGCGGGCGCGGCGGCGCGGCGCCAGCUGUGCGUGGAGCUGCUGUGCGCGCUCGCCACCAUCCUGCGCCGCAACCCCGAGCUCUACCUGCGCCACGCGCUCGACCUCGACCAUCUGCUCCAUGACGCGCACAACACUUACGCUAAGGACAGUGGACUCUCGGAUUCGAGCUCGGCGCUGAGCUCAGCGCCGCCGUCGGUGAGCGUGGGGUACCUGGCGCGCGCCGUCGUCAACACCGUGCUGCAGGGCGCCGCCACCGACCUCGUGCCCACCGCGCAACCCUCCUGCCUCGUCUCAUGAAUUGCACACAUCUAUUACGAACAGACUAAUCUACUCAGAUCUACAUUUACUUAUAUAUUGUUAUACUGGGGAAUGAUAAACAAGCAAGUGUGUUAAAUAAUUGCUAUAUAUACCCACACUAUUAAAACCACAUAGUUCUUUAAGUGUGUCUAACAAGAACAUGAGUUCUUGAUGUUUAUAGGAAUAAUAUAUAGAAAUUAGGUAUAGAUUUUUAUUACCUAUGCAAGGUUCACUUAGAAAGAAAGAAAUGAUUCAUGAUCAUUCAUGAUCCAUGAUCCACCCAUCCAUUAUUUUAAGCAUCAUGCCAGUUCGAAUGAUGGAUAAUAUUAUAAUUAAGAAUAAUAAUUUAGAUUUGAGAAUCUUUUUUUUUUAUAUUUUAUUUUGGAAUAAUUAAUAUGAAUAAAAUCUAUUAUUGUAAUGUGAUUUGCUAUAGUAAAAUAAUACCCACUUUAGUAUCGUCUAUAAGGGAUAAUCAGAAUAAUUAUUGUAAAUCACCAAUCAGAAUAAUUAUUAAAUAAUAUGUGACAUCUCAUGAAAUAUUAUUUUUAAGUAUAUUAGGUUUACUGUGAUGUAAUUUUAGUGUAUAAGUUUUAUAAAAAAUAUACAUUUUAAAUAGUUUAUUUUUACAAUAAAAGUUAUGAUACUUCGACUGCUUUUGCCCACUUUCUUUUGUUCAAAUAAAAAUUUAUGACAAUUCACUAUAGAGCCAAUGUCGCACAAUUUUGUCGAGUAUUGGACGUCAGGGAAGUCCUAAAUCUAGGGAACAUUGAUUGAGAAUGGAUAUAAAAGAAAGAAAUAAACUUGGAAAUUUAGGCUGUGAUAUUUGAAAAACAUACAGCACAAAAGAGGUGAAAAAUGUAAUCUAAUUUAAGAUUUUUAUAAUAUAGUGUUAAUCAAGAUGAUUAAAAUAUAUUAGAAAGUCGUUCUAAUCUUAUAAUCUCUGUCAAAGUGUAAUUUAAUUUAUACUGAGUAAGUCAGUAUUGUGAUCUUUAAUGAAAUUUAAAAAAAUUGGCCAUUAGAAAGUUUGAAUUUUAGAAUUAAUAAAAAUAUUGACAAA